AUGCCACCUUUGCUUCCGCGCAAACGUCUGCGUUCCCCUUCACCAGAGGCUGGGCCUUCACGCCCUCCGGACAGGGGCAGAGCGAAAUCUGCUUCGUCAACAACUCGAAAGGCUACCCUCUUUGACGACCUGGAUGCUGGUCCUGGCAACAAACGAACCCCGGAACAUACCAAAGCUGUCCUCGAGAAACUGGCGGCUACUGAUGACGAGUCCUCGCUUUCCUCGCUUUCCGAAGAUGAAUUCGAAGACAUACCCGGCGCGAAGAGGCAGAAGACGGCGGAUACCUCAGACGAGGAGGACGAAGAUAUUGAAUUCGAGGAUGUCGACACAUAUACAGCACCUGUUUCUGCCGUGCCUGCUGCCGCUGGUGACCUUGAGUUAACGCUGAGGAAGGAUACCCGCGUGUCAAUGACCAAUCCACUAGGCACAAAGAGAGGGCCUAGCAAGAUUGAAAGGCAGAUUCGGAUUUCAACACACCAAGUCCAUGUCCAGUUACUCAUGUUUCAUAAUGCAAUUCGAAACGCAUGGUUGUGCAACAAGGAACUGCAGGCAAUACUGUUGAAGCAAUUACCUCGUGGUGUUGAGGAAGCGGUUCACAGAUGGAGGCGCGAUAGCGGUCUACAGCCACGAGAGGAAGACACUCCAAAAGGGAAAGGCAAGGGAAAGGCCAAAAAUACAAAAGGAAAACACCCAGAUCCUAGGAGCCAGCGGGAUUGGGGCAAACUUGCGGAAAUGCUAGCUGCCGGAGAAGUCAAUAUGAGUCGUGGCGAUCCUCUUAUUAAGCUCCUUUCAAUCCUGAUAAACUAUUGGAGGCAGAGGUUUCGCGUCACGGCACCUAGUCUCCGAAAGUUGGGCUACAUGUCUCUUGAAAGAUUGGAUGAGGAGAUUAAAAGCUUUGAAAAGGACGAGUACGACCCGGAGCGCCAUGGGGAACGGAUACGGAAUAUCGAGGAGUUCAAGGAGCAUGCAAGGGCUCUGCACGGGAGCCGUGACGUUGGUGCACAAUUGUUUACAGCUCUAUUGAGAGGUAUAGGACUUGAGGCAAGAAUGGUAGCAAAUUUACAGUCGGCUGGAUUCGGAUGGAGCCAAAACGAGGAGGCCUCAGAGAAGAACCCUCGUAAGCUGAAGAAACCCAAACCUUCUAAUCUGGACGAAGGUUCCUCGGGGAGUGACGAAGAAUCUACUGCUAGUGAGGAAGAGAUACCUGCAUCCAAACGAGCUCGAAAGGCAAAAGGGGACUCGUCUAAGUCAAAAAAACCUGUCAAGGUGUCACCAAGUUCCCCCCCUAAGUCAUUACGAAGCAACAGGAGCGCACCUAUAGAUCUAUCUGACUCGGACCAGUCAAUUGCCGAAAGCGAUGAGGAUUCUGUCAUUGAUGUUACUCCAACAGCCAAACACUCAUUGCCCUCGUUGCCAUAUGACAAGGAUCUUUCUACCCCAAAUUACUGGACCGAGGUGCUUUCGCCCGUUGCCCACACUUAUACCCCUGUUGACCCUAUGGUCCUCCAUCUUCAAGCCAACAAACCGGAAUUUUAUGAGAAGUUUCUACCUCCUCCAAAGUCUGAGAAGGCUAAACAUAUUACCUCCUACGUUAUUGGACAUUCAUCUGACGGCACCGCGAAGGAUGUGACUACUCGAUACUUAAAAGGUCGCAUGUGGCCCGGGCGUACAAAGGGAUAUCGUUUGCCGCCCGAAAAGAUAUCCAUUCUUGACCGUCGGGGCAAGGUUAAGCGCUACGAAACCCAUGAUUGGUUUAAAAGAGUCAUGACCGGUUAUGUUCGCGGUGCCAAGCAGUGCCCUCGCACGGAAAUCGACGAUCACGAGGAAGCUACAGUACUAAAACCCGUGAAACGUGAGAAGAAAGUGGUUGAGGAAGGAAAAGCGACACUGCAAUAUUACAAAACUUCCUCCGAGUUUGUCCUCGAGAGGCAUCUGAAACGAGAAGAGGCAUUGGUUCCAACAGCCAAACAUGCUAAGAUGUUCACUGUCAAGGGGAAAGGCGAUCAUACCACAGAAGAAAAAGUCUUUCUACGGAAGGACGUGGUGACAUGUAAAAGUAUGGAGACCUGGCAUAAAGAGGGCCGGGCUCCCAUUCCUGGCGAAGAGCCAUUGAAGCGUGUCCCAUACCGAGCAGCGACUACGAACCGCAGGCGGGAGCUUGCAGAAGCAGAGCAUGCUAGCGGGCAAAAGGUACUUCAAGGGCUGUAUAGCAGAGACCAGACCGAUUGGAUCAUUCCGCCCCCGAUCGAGAAUGGCCUUAUUCCAAAAAACUCCUUUGGAAAUAUCGAUUUAUAUGUUGAUAGUAUGCUGCCAGAAGGCGCUGUUCAUAUACCAAUGAGGGGCACUGUGAAGAUCUGCAAGCGCCUCGGCAUCGACUAUGCCGAAGCAGUAACCGGGUUUGAGUUUGGUCAUCGGAUGGCGGUUCCUAUUAUCACGGGAGUGGUCAUUGCAGAAGAGCAUUAUCAUGAUAUGAUGGAUGAAUGGCAGAAGGAUGAAAUGGAGAGAGUUAGGAAAGAGGAUGAGAAGAAGAGAAAAGCCGUGCUUAAUAUGUGGAGGCGGAUGCUUAUGGGCCGGAGGAUUGUCGAAAGAGUCAGGGAAGAAUAUGGUGAUGCUGCUGGGCAUGUGGUUGAUGCUCUUAAUCCUUGGACUAAUAAAAAGAAGUCGGACGAAGACAGCACCAGUGUGGAAGCGCAUCGAAGGAUUAUGGCUCAGAGAGAGGAAGACAAUGCUGGAGGAUUCUUUCCAGACGGUCACGAUGAAGAGGAAACUGAUAUGCGCCAUGCGUCCAGCUUCUUUCCUGUAGCACACCAAGAUGAUGAGGGCCAUGCUGGUGGUUUUGUCAUCGAGGGCCACGACGAGGAGCCUUCUAACACAAUGGUUAGCCAGGCAUAUCCUACUCCGCAAUCACUGGAAUCGAAUUCCAAGUCUGUUCCUAUGAACGAUUCAGACCAGGAUGAGGAACAACACACUCCGGAAAUAGAGCUCAACGUCGCAGCUCAAAAGGCAAGAAAGUCCGGUCAGGCUAGCUCCGUCAACAAGUCCGCAAUAUCCAAAGCUUCUUUAACAUCUAGCUCAAAAAGUAGACCACCCUCUAAGCGCUCUGCCGCGCAGAAGAAAGCGCCAACCUCAAAUAGACCAGGGAAGCGUAACCUGGAAAUCAAUGAUACUGAGGAUGACGAGAGCCCACUGUCCGAACUCGAGUCUGAGAAUAAUGAGGACGAUUCUGAAGACGAGGCAUUGCCCGCUAAUAACUAUUCAAAAAAGGCAGGUAGCAAACAAACUCCACGGGCAUCGACCCCCAAUAAAGCAACUCCAAGAACCGUUCCUAAGCGGAUCGCCGCAAGGAAGAGUACCAGGGCUCUAAGAUCGCAUUAUUUCGAGAAUGUUGACGAUGACGAUGAUGAUGAACAUGGUUAUGACUAA